CGGGUCGACGUUUUGUUGGGGAUGGGCUUGGAAAGCCCCUUCGCCGUCGAGCACCCCAGGCACUCCCGGAGCUCGCCCACCAGCGUCGUCCCUUGCUGCUUCGCCGUGGUCCUCAGCAGCACCUCGUGGGAGUGGCCGUGCGCGCAGUGGAAAUCGUUGAUGUCAACCGGGGCGCUGAACGCUUUCGCGUUGCCAGGAGCAAUUGCGGCAUAGGCAUGUUCGGUGUGUGUGCGGAAACCGUUUUGGACGUACAGGUUACCGCAUCGGGGGAAGUACACCGACUCCCCCCCCGCUCUCUCCAAUUCCAACUCGUGUUUGUUGAGGGUUUUGGUUUCGAACCCAUCGUCGAAGAGGGAUGUGAGAGCUACUAGGUUGUAACCUAGUCGGGGGAGCGUGUGCAACCCGUUUCAACAACAGGUCGGUUGUACCGUCGCGCAAGCUAAGGGUUACCGUCACGUCGCCAUACCCUACGAUGGGGAAAAACGUUUCUCCGGCGGCCUUCGCGCACACAUCGAUCACACUCUUCGUAACGAACGAACCCAUCUGAGUUCGCGAACAUGAGGGUGGUAGCGCCGGUAUCGGCAACAUACCUAUCCCGCCUAGCCUGCUCUACACCCCCUCGACCAACGACUUUGUGACACUCGCCUGAGAUGCCACCGACCACCAGCGCCUCUUCUGCCACGUCCAGUGCUGUGGCGUUCGCAGACGCCCCCCCCGCCGGCACUUCCACCACGAGUACCACCCCCUCGGUCGGGCACUUGCUCUUGUCGUGGCCGUAGCCCUUGCAUGUCUCACAUCGCACAGGCUUGCUCUCGGUGAAGUCGGCCACCUGGUAGCCCUUCUUGCCGCACCGGAAACAGCGACCGCGCAUGCUACCCGCAUCGUCGUCGCCGCCUCCGCCGCCGUCACCAGCCUUCGCCACCCCCCCUCCCCUUCUGGUUGCCGCCGCCGCCGCCGCCGCCGCCACCCUUGCGGCGGCCGCUGUGCUCGAUGGGGUUUCUGCUGCUGUGUGUGGGGAAGUUGAACAUUUGCUUCAUGAGGGCUUGUUUCGAGCCCCACGACUUCGGAUCGUAGACUUUGUCGAGUUCCGCGAGGAUCUCUUUUGCGGUCUCGCAUUUGUUCACGAUCGCCUUGUCGGCUUCUCUGACAAUGGCAGUGGUCACAAAAUGGAACGCUUGGAGGCCCCUCUGGACCUCGUCGCUGGUGUAUUAGAGGCGGUACAGCUCCGAGGUUGGCACGUUUGGGUUGCCGACAGGUGCAUGUCUCUCGUUGUUGCUGAUCAAUUGGCCGUCCAGUCCUACAGUCUUGGCCGCUUGGAUAAGCGACUUUCUCCACGAGCCAUACCCAUGGACGCGACUCUCCCCUUCGAGACGCGGGGCAUUGACCGUUACUCUCUUCAUGUGGCUACUGCUGCAGCCGUCGAGGAAUUCUCCAUUUCCUCGAAUCACGGGUAUCUCAGCUAGGGGGUUGAACCCCCUCGCUUCCCCGUUGUACGGUUCUAUGCCCGGGCCCACUCCGGCUGGUCUCGCAGGAUUCGCUCCCGAUCUGCUGGCCCAGCCGCCUUCCAGCAGCGACCGUGGUCCUUGCCCACUAUCUCUCGUUUGCUGCUGGAGAAAUCCCCCGCCACCGCCGAGCGGCAGCGUGGGCUCUUCUCGUUGGCCUCUGGGGGCAGCAACCCAGCCGCCCCUACUGGCUGCAUCCGCCACGACGCUGCCAGGCUCCUUCUUCUUCACCGACUCCUCCACCAGGGCCGCCAAUUGCGAAAUCUGCAGUUGCAAACUUGCAAGCUCCGCAUCGCGGGCCUCCUGCACCGGCGGGCGACCUCCUGCACCGGCGGGCGGACCUGUUCUCUGGUCGCAGCAGUGCGCUCUUCGCCUCCAGCAGAGCUCAUCCCAAUGUAGCUUCCCUCGAGGGGCAAAAACCUAGUGUUUGCGGCCUACGCCACUUAU